GCUGCCGCCCGGGUCGGGCCGGGCCGGGCCGAGCCGAGCCGAGCCGAGCCGAGCCGCGGCGCGGCCGGCGGGGAGAAGGAAGAUGGCGGCCGAAACCGACUGAGAGAGGAGGAGGAGGAGGAGAGAUCCGAGCCGGCCCGUGGCGGCCUCCUCCGACACCGCCCCCCUCGUCCUCCGUGCCCAGCUCCGCCCCGUCCCGCCGGGAGGGAGAGCGGCGAGCGAGCCGGAGCCCCGCAGCCGCGCCGCGCUGCCCAGGCAAGGGGCCCCGGGUGCCCGGGAGCCCCGCAGCGGGAACCGGGGCCCCCCAGAAGCGCCCGCUGCCGCUACUGCUCCGGCCACCGCGAUCGCGGCGGGGGCUGCUGCGAGCCGGCAGCCCCCCCGGGGCCGCCCCCGCCGCCUGGCCGGGGGAGUCGCUGUCGCGUUGCCCGUUGAGCUCGGCGGCCUCAGCCCCGGCGGGGGGAGACGGCUGUCACCCAGGCAGCGGCGGCAGGACUCAGUAAUUGAUGCUGGUUCCCUAUCAGAGGAGUUCGUGUGAAGACUGCCCAUGGAAGGUCGAUGCCGGUGUUUGCUGAGGCUCUAGGAUUCUGCUGGUUUGCUGUUUAAUUAACUGAAGAGUCCAGUUUUUCCCAUGAACCAUCUUUCACCUCGGGAAGACAGAGGUGCAAAGUAGGUCAACCAACAUGAGUGGCCUUGGGGACAGUUCAACGGACCCUGCCAACCCUGACUCUCGGAAGAGGAAAGGCUCGCCCUGCGACACAGCCCAGAGCAAUGAAAAGCGGCGACGGGAACAGGAGAACAAAUAUUUAGAGGAGCUGGCAGAGCUGCUGUCUGCAAACAUCGGGGACAUCGACACUCUGAGUGUCAAACCUGACAAAUGCAAGAUCCUAAAGAAGACGGUUGAUCAGAUCCAGCAGAUGAAGAGAUUGGAGCAAGAGAAGGCAGCUGAUGAUGAAGUCCAGAAGUCUGACAUCUCAUCCAGUAGCCAAGGGGUGAUUGAGAAGGAAUCUCUGGGACCUCUUCUUCUGGAGGCCUUGGAUGGCUUCUUCUUUGUUGUGAACCGCGAAGGGAGGAUCGUCUUCGUCUCUGAGAACGUGACCAGCUACCUGGGUUAUAACCAGGAGGAGCUUAUGAACACCAGUGUCUACAGCAUCCUGCACGUGGGGGAUCACGCUGAGUUCGUCAAGAACUUGUUGCCAAAGUCUCUAGUAAAUGGAGUUCCUUGGCCUCAAGAAACAACCAGGCGCAGCAGCCAUACCUUCAGCUGCAGGAUGCUGGUCCGGCCACCCGACGACACGGGUGUGGAGAACCAGGAGGCUCGUCAGCGCUACGAGGUGAUGCAGUGCUUCACUGUCUCCCAGCCCAAGUCCUUCAAGGAGGAAGGAGAAGAUUUCCAGUCAUGUCUGAUAUGCAUCGCCAGACGGUUACCUCGACCGGCAGCUGUCGCCCCUUCCGAAUCCUUUGUGACCAAGCAGGACACCACAGGUAAAAUCAUCUCCAUUGACACCAGUUCCCUGAGAGCUGCCGGCAGGACAGGCUGGGAAGAUUUGGUGCGGAAAUGCAUCUAUGCUUUUUUCCAGCCGCAGGGCAGGGAGCCAUCUUACGCCAAACAGCUCUUUCAAGAAGUGAUAACACGUGGCACAGCCUUCAGCCCCUCAUACCGAUUCACCCUGAGCGACGGGACGGUGCUUAGUGCCCACACCAAGUGUAAGCUCUGCUACCCCUCCAGCCCAGAGAUGCAGCCCUUCAUCAUGGGCAUCCACGUCAUUGACAGGGAUCAUGGCAUGCUCUCACCCCAGGAGAACACUAACUCGGCAAUGUCCCUUCCCCGGGUCAGCCCCUCGCUGAACCCCAGCAUCUCCCCGGGGCAAGGCAUGGCCCUGCCGCCUUCCAUCCCUCCUUCCAACGGCAGCAUGUUGGCCACCAACGUGAACCAGCAGCCAGGCGCCAGCCUCCACAACAGCAACUCCAGCACCAGCCAAACCAGCUUUGGAUGCUCACCUGGGAACCAGAUAGGAGCCAACGUUGCCUUAAGCCAGGGACAAGCCGGUCCCCAGAACAGUAACCACACACUGAACCUCAAUAGCUCCCCCAUGAACAGUCCAGGGAUUACCCCACCACAGUUCAUGUCUCCGAGGCAUCGGGUCAGCCCAGGGCUGGUGCCCAGGCCCAGGGUUCCCAGCAAUCCCUUCUCACCCACCAUGCCCACCAUGCACUCUCCCGUGGGCAUGGCCAACAGUGGCAGUGGGGGCAGCUGUGGGACCGGUGGCAACAGACCCUUUCCCAGUGCCCCCAUAAACUCUAUGCAGGGGCUGACCGAAGGUCCCAGCACACCAGUGGGCUACUCCACACCACCCCCCGUGCUAAGACAGCUCAGCUCCCAGAGCUCACCCGGCCGCCUUGCCAUGCAACCCAUGAAAGCAGAGUCAAAGGACAGCAAAGAGAUUGCCUCCAUCCUGAGCGAGAUGAUCCAGUCUGAUGGUGGUUCAGGGGAUGGCAAACCGCUGGACUCAGGCAUGCUGCACACAGGUGACAGGCUCUCAGAGGGGGACAGCAAGUGCCCCCAAGCCACCAGCCAUAAGCUGGUCCAGCUCCUGGCCACCACGGCAGAGCAGCAGCUUCGACAUGCCGAUGCGGACACGAGCUGCAAAGAUUCGUUAGUGUGUGCAGGCACCGGGGCGGCCUUGGCCUCCAGCAACCCUCCCAGCAGCACCUGCCCUUCCUCCCACAGCUCGCUGACCGAGCGGCACAAGAUUUUGCAUAGACUCCUUCAGGAGGGCAGCCCUUCCGAUCUUACCAGCCUGGCCAUGGAGCACGAGAAGAAGGAGAACACCUCGAACCCCACCACCACCCCCACGACUCAGAGCCAGCUGCCAGGCAACCCAGACAUCAAACUGGAGCCAGACACGCUGAAGAAAAAAGAUGUCAAGGAUCACCAGCUCCUGCGCUAUCUGCUGGACAAGGAUGAGAAGGAGCUUGCUGCGGCCCCGGCUCUGAGCCUAGAUGAUGUGAAGGUGAAGGUGGAGAAGACGGAGCAGAUGGAACCCUGUAACACGGCCCCGGUGCCACUUGCCAAACCUCCUGCCGCAGAGGAGGUCAAGCUGGAGACGCAGGGCCAGUUCGCUGCCGAGCUGGAGCAGCUGGACCAGCUCCUGCCCUCGCUGGAGAAGGCAGCUCAGCUGCCCGGCUUGUGCGGACCAGAGAGGAACGAGAGCAGUGUGGCCGGUGUCGCUGUCAAACCGGAGAUGCUGGCAGCUCCCCUACAGCCCAGCACCGCUGCCAGAGCCCCCGCGGGACUCAACACAAUGAACAGUGGGCAGAGCGUGCAGCCUGGUCGGACCCCGUUUGAGUUCUGCGACCCCAUGGAGCCAGCGCAGAUGAGGCCGGUUCCUUGUCCUGCGAGCAAUGGCAGCAGCCCACACGCCCGUGGGCCAGCCCAGCAGGGCAGGGGCACGGUGACUGCACCAAACCCCUUCCCACCCGACACAGGAAUGCCUGAGCUGGAGAUCGGAGUGCCGGAUCACCAGUUUGGACAGCCAGGAAUGGGGGAGCAGAUGCCCUGGACGGAUAACAGCAUGGCAGCCAUGAAUCGAGCCGCACUCAAUAAACCUGAAGACCAGUGCAUCACCUCGCAGCUGGACGAGCUCCUAUGUCCUCCCACCACACCGGAGGGGCGGAAUGAUGAGAAAGCCCUGCUCGAGCAGCUCGUCUCCUUCCUCAGCGGCAAGGACGAGACAGAGCUGGCUGAGCUGGAUCGAGCUCUGGGGAUCGACAAACUGGUCCAGGGCGGUGGGCUGGAAGCCCUGACGGAGCGGUUCCAGCCCCAACAAGCCACCCCACCACUCAUGAUGGAGCAGAAACCUGGCAUGUACCCCCAGCCUUACUCCUCCGCCUCUCCCACCACCAACCUCCCCGGCGCCUUCCCCGGCAUGGUGAGGCAGAAGCCAUCCUUUGGACCCAUGCCGGUGCAGGUACCACCGCCCCGCGGCGCCUUCCCCACCAACAUGGCCAUGCAGCCCCGGCAGACGCUCAACAGACCCCCGACGGCCCCCAACCAGCUGCGACUUCAGCUGCAGCAGCGGCUGCAGGGGCAGCAGCAGCUGAUCCAUCAAAACCGGCAGGCGAUCCUCAACCAGUUUGCAGCCAAUUCCCCUGUGGGCAUCAACAUGCGGGCAGGGAUGCAGCAGCAGAUGACACCGCAGCCUCCCCUCAAUGCGCAGAUGCUGGCCCAGCGGCAGCGCGAGCUCUACAGCCAGCAGCACCGGCAGCGGCAGCUCAUGCAGCAGCGAGCCAUCCUGAUGAGACAGCAAAGCUUCGGAAACAACCUCCCGCCCUCCGCCGGGCUCCCAGUACAGAUCGGAGCCGCUCGCUUGCCCCAGGCACCCCCACAGCAGUUCCCUUACCCCCCAAACUACGGUACAACCCCGGGAAACCCUCCCACCUCCACCAGCCCCUUCUCGCCGCUAGCAUCCAACCCCGAGGCCGCCGCGCUGGCUAACCGCAGCAGCAUGGUGAACAGGGGGAUGAUGGGCGGCGUCGGAGGGCAGUUCGGCGCCGGGAUGACCCCCCAGAUGCAGCAGAACAUCUUCCAGUAUUCAGGAUCGGGCAUGGGUCAGCAAAGUGAACCCGCCUUUGCUCCAUCACUCAGCCCCAGCAGCCCCCUGAUGUCACCCCAGCUCCCUCCUUCGCAAAGCCCCAUGCUGCAGCCGGCUCCGCCAACACCAGGCUACCAGUCGCCUGACAUGAAGACCUGGCAGCAAGGAGCCAUGGGGAAUAGCAACGUAUUCAGCCAAGCGGGGCAGAGCCAGCCGGCGCCUGCUCAGCAGGGCAUGUACAACAACAUGAGCAUCACUGUCUCCAUGGCCGGAGGAAACACCAACGUCCAGAACAUGAACCCCAUGGCUGGACAGAUGCAGAUGAACUCACUGCAGAUGCCUGGGAUGAACUCCAUGUGCUCGGAACAGGUAAAUGACCCGGCGCUGAGACCCGCGGGCCUUUACUGCAACCAGCUUUCCUCCACUGACCUUUUGAAAACAGAAGCAGAUGGGGCGCAGGACAAGAAGACAGAAGAGUUCUUCUCUGGGGUGGCUCCAGACUAGAGGAAGUCUCUAGUACAACAGGUUCAGGUCUUUGCCGACGUACAGUGUACAGUGAAUCUGGUAGGAGAUCCCUACCUCAACCCGCCGGCUUCCUUGGGCACCCCGAAGAACGCCGCCGGGCCGCCGCCGCCACCGGGCCAGCAGAAGAGCCUUCUUCAGCAGCUACUGACUGAAUAACCGCUUUUCGAGGAAUGUGAAAUUUAAAUAAGAAGACGUACAGAGAUAUAUAAAUAUAUAUAUUAUAUAUUUUUCUGAGAUUUUUGAUAUCUCAACCCGCAGCCAUUCUUCAGCUCGUAGUGUUUGGAGCAAAAAGGGGGGGGGAUGUUUCACUGAGGGGGGUGGGGGAUUUCCCCCAUCUUUUUCUUUUUCUCUUCCCCUUUUUUUCCCCUUUCCUCCCCUUUUUUCCUCCUUCUUCCCCUUUUCCUCUCCCUCUUCCCUUUUUUCCUCCUCUUCUGCUUUUCCCUCUCUUCUCCUUUUCCCCCCUCCUUCCUCUUCCCCCCCCCUUCUAUUUUCCCCUUUAUAUUCCCCUCCCCUUUUUUUUUUUUCCCCCACCUUUUUUUUUUCUCUUUUUAUUUUACAAAGCGUUGGAUGUCGGCGAAGCGACGAGGCGGGACGGUCGGUUUCUCGAGCCAAAAUUACAGAUGAUUCUUAUUUUUGUAAUCAUUUUGCUGGCUUCUUAAUCCGGAGGAAGGUUUCUCGGGGAGGCGGGGAGGGGGAGAAGGCAGCUGGAGGACUGUGGCGGCGGCAGGAGGAGGAGGAGGAGGAAGAGCAAUCUCAGUUUCAGCUGGAUCUGUCACUGAUCACGUCUCGGCGCGGGGCACGGAAGGGGAUCGGCGCUGGACUUGUGCGGGGAAAAGUCGUUUUUGUUAUUCAUGCUUCAACAAAAGCCCUUCUCUCCCCUCCGCCCCAGCCCGCUUGUGCGUACAAUCAGCUUUUUCUAGCAAUCGUGAGUUUGUCGGUUUUAAAGAAAAAAAAGAAACAAAAAAAAAAAAAAAAAAACCCAAACAAAAAAGACAAAACCCAGAGUAUUUUGACCCACCGUUUUUUUCCAUGUUUUAUGCUGGUUUCAGGCCUCCGAGCGAAACGGGGUGGGAGGGGGGGGCUAUAAUGUGUAUAUUGCAACAGGAGGAGGAAAAAAAAAAACCACAACAAAAGACAAAGAAAAAAAAACAAAAAACAAAAAAAAAGGACAAGAACAGAACAGUUUGGGGAAAAAACUGCAAUAAUUUUUAGGGGGAAGGAUGGGGGGAGGGGUCUGUCAAUUAUUGUAGAUAAAAUUUUCUGAUUAAAUAUUAAAUAAAAUUAAGCAGUCGGUUGUUUCUGCUUUGAUUGUGUUUAACAGCUGAGGUAGCUUAAACUAUUUAAAAGAAUAAUAAUAAAAUAAUAAUAAUAAUUGAAUUCUCUGCUGGGAGACAGCUUAUUUUUUUUCCCCCUCAAGCCUGUCACUGUAAAUAGCUCUGAGCUCUGUAUAAAUUUGGUUUCUUCUCUUUUAGUCGGGGUCGCUUUUAAUAUUUACUGCUGACUUUUAUUGGAGGGUGGCUACGGAGGGGUUUUCCCCCCCUCCCCCAAAAAAUUGCGCUGGUGUGUGGAAAAAUGUGUGGCUUUAUUGACUGACAUUUGCAAGAGUUAUAAGAAAAGAAACAAACAAAACAAAGAACCAGAGUUUCCA